AUGCGAGCAAACGACAUCCCCUAUCGUUGGGGGCUCCCAAGAAGCCUCUGGUUCCAGGCACAGGGAGAAACAUACUGUGUGGGCACUCUUCAAGAACUCGAAGACCAACUGAGCAAGCUAGAACUCCUCAACCCGAAUGCAACUACUAGUUCAGGACUAGCUUGCAUAGACCUGGCUAAAAUCCCGGAAUUCACACCUCGCUUGGCUAAA